UGCCAUGCCUCUGGAAGUCAGGCCAGGUAUCAUGAAUGCUCAAUAGGUGCUGUGAGCACAUGUAAUUAGCAGCAGGCUAGGGUUGGCAGCCUCUGGGACACAAUCUCUCUCCUGGCUAUGUUUUAUAUCCUUGGAAGAAGAAACCUGUGAAAGCCUUAAGUAUUUUCCUACCAUAGUGAAGAAGGUAAAGGUGAAUGAGCAAGCUAAUGAAAAGGAUCCUUGCAUCAAAAGUGAGGAUGUUGUGUCUGGGAACUCUAGUUUGUAUUAAUGAACAGUCAAAGAAAGUUCAUGUGUCUCCACAGUAAGAAGAAUGCCCACGGAAAAAAACCCCAAAAAAGUAAGUCCUUCCCUUGGAAUGAAAAGCUCUCAAGUUCCACAUACAAAUAUAGGAGUGAGGAAUUCAAGAGACAGUUUUCUCAUCUGCCAGACUCAGAGAGACUUAUAGUAGAUUACGCCUGUGCGCUCCAGAAGGACAUCCUGCUGCAAGGACGCUUGUAUCUCUCUGAAAACUGGCUCUGCUUCCACAGCAACAUUUUCCGAUGGGAGACCACAAUUUCUAUUGCUUUGAAGGAUAUAACUUUGAUGACAAAGGAGAAGACUGCUCGUCUCAUUCCAAAUGCCAUACAAAUAGCAACAAAAGGAGAGAAGUUUUUCUUCACAUCAUUCAGUGCAAGAGACAGAAGCUACCUCAGUAUCUUCCGUUUGUGGCAGAAUGUGUUGCUGGAUAAGAGGCUGACCAAGCAGGAAUUCUGGCAACUGGUGCACCAGAGCUAUGGCUCUGAGCUGGGCCUGAACAGCGAGGAGAUGGAGAGCUUCCACUCAUCGUCAGAGGACAACGGGCAGUCUCGAUCCAGCAUUUGUGAUGAUUCUGGAGAAAGGGAUGAAAAACUACCCAAAAUGAUUGGUUUAGUUCAUGAGCCCACACUUCAAACAGAAGGAGAGUCACUCAACAGACACAUGUUGCCGGGAGUGGAGGAGUCCUCAAGUGAGAAGCAAAUAAAGAGUCCUCUUCCAUCUUCAGAAAGAAAACCUGCUAAGCCAGUUAGGAGCAGGUCUUUAGAAAAGUCCUUGGACCUUAAUGAGAAUGAAAAUCUUCCAGAGAAGAGCAGUGCUUCAGAUAGUGAAGAAGCAGUGAAGGAGACUGUCUCUGACAAUGAUCUCUAUGGGAGACUUUUUAUAAACAGAGUUUUCCACAUCACUGCAGACAAGAUGUUUGAAAUCCUUUUCACCAAUUCUCACUUCAUGCAGAGGUUUCUUAAUUCCAGGAGUAUAGUAGAUGCUGUAUCAACCCCGUGGAAUAGAGACUCCAACGGCAAUCAGUUGAGGACUUUGACGUACACUGUAACAAUUAAUAAUCCUCUCUGUGGGAAGUUCACAACUGCAACGGAAAAGCAGAUCCUGCAUAAGCAGAGCCAGAAGGGUCAGUCUUACCAGGUAGAUGCUGAGGUCCUGACCCAUGAUGUCCCCUACCAUGAUUAUUUCUACACUGUGAACAGAUACUGCAUCAGCCGCACAUCCAGUCACAAGUGCCGGUUACGGGUUUCUGCAGAAGUGAAGUACAAAAAACAGCCUUGGGGCCUUGUCAAGUCUGUAAUUGAGAAGAAUACCUGGGGAGGAAUACAGGAAAACUUCAAACAACUUGAAUCAGAUCUCCUAAUGGAGGAAUAUGCAAUUAAUCAAUCCAUAGAAGACUCUGGGAAAUUACUUGCUCUGAGACGAAGGCGACGCACUUUACACCGGGGUUUGGCAGAAUCACUUCCCAAACGCUCUUCCCAGCAUUCCUCUGGUGACAUGGGAGUAGAGUCCCAGGGCAGCUUAAUAGGAAGGAAAAGAGAUGCAGUAAGUAGGACCACCACCAUCAUUGUAGUAAUGAGUGUCUUUUUGCUGCUCUUGGUCUUGCUGAAUAUAACACUGUUCCUCAAACUCUCAAAGAUAGAGCAUGCAGCUCAGUCCCUUUAUCAUGUCCAACUUCAGGAGGAAAGCUCUUUGAACAUAUCCCCAGAAAUUGUAUCAAAAGAGGAGAUACCUCAAUAUGAUAAAGAACAGGUUAAACAUGUGAAGGGAGUUUUAAGAGACUCAAUUGAAAUGCUUGAGCAGCUGAAGAUUUCCCUUUCCAUGCUCCAAAGAAGCUUUGACCACUUGAACAGGACACAGAGCAGCAAGACUGAGAGUUAAUAGGCACAUCAGCUUUUCAUUCAAGAUGUUGGAAGAACAGAUGUGUGUGUGAGGACUUGUGGGGUAGGGAGUGUAACUGUCUUCUCUGGACUCUUUACUAUUGCACAGAAUAAAAGGUUUGUGGAAGAAGUAA